UUCGAUCAGAUCUAUUAUACAAGAUGCACAGAUAUUCUCAACUGGUUCAAGUGCACUCGACACAGAAUCAGUUACAAGACAGCUUAUCGGAGGGGACUGAGGACGAUGUAUCGGCGACGGUCUCAGUGCUGCCCGGGAUAUUACGAGAGCGGCGACUUCUGUAUCCCUCUCUGCACUGAAGAAUGCGUCCAUGGACGGUGUGUGUCUCCAGACACCUGUCACUGUGAACCUGGAUGGGGAGGUCCGGACUGCUCCAGCGGUUGCGAUCAGGACCACUGGGGCCCUCACUGCAGCAACCCUUGCCAGUGCCGGAAUGGAGCUCUGUGCAACCCCAUCACCGGCGCCUGCGUUUGUGCACCAGGAUACAAAGGAUGGCGCUGCGAGGACUUGUGUGAGCCGGGAACGUACGGGAAAGGCUGCCUGCUCAAGUGCCAAUGUCAUAACGGGGCAACCUGUGACCACAACACAGGGGAAUGUCAUUGUGCGCCUGGAUACACAGGAGUUUUCUGCGAAGAGACGUGUCCUCCAGGCAGCCACGGACUCCAGUGCGAACAGCGAUGCCCCUGCCAGAAUGGAGGAACCUGUCACCACAUCACGGGAGAAUGCACCUGUCCCCCGGGAUGGAUGGGCUCUGUGUGCGCGCAACCUUGCCCAUCAGGAACCUAUGGGGUUAACUGCAGCCAAGAAUGCCCCUGCCACAAUGGAGGACAAUGCGACCACGUGACAGGGGUGUGCCUGUGUACUGCAGGAUAUAUGGGAGACAGGUGUCAGGAGGAAUGUCCGGUGGGGACCUUUGGCUUCCAGUGUAUGGAGAAGUGUAACUGCGAGAACAGAGCCAAGUGCUACCACGUCAACGGAGCAUGUCUGUGUGAUCCGGGCUUUAAGGGCAUCCAUUGUCAGGAACGGAUCUGUCCCGAGGGAUACUACGGGCUGAAAUGCAACAAACGGUGUCCGUGUCAUGCUACUAACACAGUCAGUUGCCAUCCUCUGUCCGGCGAAUGCAAUUGCAAAGCUGGUUGGGCAGGCCUUUAUUGCAACGAAACGUGCGCACCAGGGUUCUACGGUGAAAGUUGUCGCCUUGUUUGCCACUGUCAAAAUGGAGCAGAUUGUGACAGCAUCACAGGAAAAUGCACCUGUGGACCAGGAUACAUGGGAGAGAUCUGCUCAGUUACGUGUCCUCCUGGAAGCUAUGGAGUCAAUUGCUCGUUGGCCUGCAACUGCAAAAACGAUGGCAUGUGUUCCCCAGGAGAUGGCUCCUGUUUCUGCAGAGAAGGGUGGCAGGGAACCGACUGCUCCAUUCCAUGCCCGAGCAACACGUGGGGUCUUAACUGCAACCAGACGUGUUAUUGUGCCAACGGAGCUGCAUGUGACCCCGUGGAUGGAACUUGUCUUUGUGGUCCUGGGUGGCAAGGAGAAAUCUGUGACCAGCCCUGCCCGGAUGGGACGUAUGGCCUAAACUGCAGCGAACGCUGUGAUUGCGACCACGCAGAUGGGUGUGAUCCUUUGACUGGCUAUUGCUGCUGUCUUGCUGGCUGGACAGGCAUCCAUUGCGACAGCGUGUGUUCGCCCGGUCGUUGGGGACCCAACUGCUCCAUUGCCUGCAACUGUGAAAAUGGCGGUUCCUGCUCUCCGGAAGAUGGGAUCUGUGAGUGCGCCCCGGGCUAUCGUGGACCCAUGUGCCAGAGAAUUUGUCCCCCUGGUUUCUACGGGCUUCACUGCAACCAGAUUUGUCCCCAAUGUCUUCACAGCACACUUCCCUGCCAUCAUGUCACAGGCCAAUGCGAUUGCCUGCCAGGGUUUUUCGGCCCCCUCUGCAACCAAGUGUGUCCAAGUGGAAGAUACGGGAAAGACUGUGCUGAGUUGUGUCUGUGUACCAACAACGGGACCUGCAAUCCUACGGAUGGCUCUUGCCAGUGUUUCCCAGGAUGGAUCGGCAAAGAUUGCUCACAAACUUGUCCAGUGGGCUUUUGGGGAAGCGAUUGUUUUCAUUCGUGCAGCUGUCACAACGGCGGGACGUGCAGCCCCCACAACGGAGAGUGCCGAUGUACCCCUGGCUGGAGGGGUCCCUACUGUUCGCAGAGAUGUCCAGCCGCCUUUUAUGGAAAGAGCUGUGCCAACGUCUGCCAGUGCCAGAACGGAGCCGACUGCGACCACAUCACCGGGCAAUGCACCUGCAGGACUGGCUUCACCGGGAAACAGUGCGAGCAGAAGUGUCCGCAAGGAACGUUUGGUUACGGUUGCCAGCAGCUCUGCGAAUGCAUGAAUAACGCCACCUGUGACUAUGUUACAGGGACCUGUUACUGCAGCCCCGGGUUCAAAGGGAUCAGGUGCGAUCAAGCGGCUCUCAUGAUGGAAGAAUUAAAUCCCUAUACUAAAAUUAGCCCAGCUCUUGGAUCUGAGAGGCAUUCAGUGGGAGCAAUCUCUGGAAUUAUUAUCCUCCUGCUAAUUAUUAUGGUUUUGCUGGCACUGUUUGUGUGGUAUCGACGUAAGCAGAAGAAAGGACAUGACAUGCCAAGCGUCUCGUACACUCCGGCCAUGAGGACAACCAACACCGAUUACUCACUCUCCGAUACCAUUCCAUACAAACAUGGAGGAAGUGCAUCUACUCUGGCCGUGAUCUCCGAGGAGAUCCAAGGGAGACGGCCGUGCAUGCUCCUUGAGGCCUCGGACUACGUGAAAGAAUCCGCCCACAGCUCCAGCUCCGCUUCCCUCAACAGCAGCGAAAACCCCUACGCCACCAUCAGAGACCCACCCAUCCUGACCCGCAAACCGCCCGAGAACAGCUAUGUGGAAAUGAAGUCUCCUGCCCACCGGGACGCGUCGUAUUUGGACAUGCCAACCUCUUCACCGGCUCACAAAAACAUCUACGACGUUGAGCCCACGGUCAGCGUGGUUCAAGAGAUCCGUCUCCGCAAUGCUGGUUACAUCCAAAACCCAUAUGACCUUCCCAGAAACAGCCACAUCCCCAGCCACUACGACAUUGUCCCACUAAGACACAGCCCGACUCAUGGGACACUCUGGGAUAAACCAUCUUAAAGGGCCAGGCCACCCGGACAUCCCAACAUGCCCCCCCCCAACCAUGUGCCAUGUGAGCAUUGUUCUCGGGACACAACAAAGACGACAAUCUUUUUUUCCGUUUUAUCCUGCUGUCUAUGGGAGGAAAGGAAGAGCACCCAAAGACAAUUGUUGGGGCCCAAUUGCUUCUGCAUGAAAACUCUUUUUAUUAUUUGACAAAAAAUAAUUUUAUACACGUUGCAGGAAAAAAAAAAAACCAAGAAAGCUCUUUUGCGUUCAACAGCUGAAAGAAGACACAUCGGAAAGCCAUUUAUCUCCAAGGUCAACCCCUGGACCAUUUGUGCGAUUUUUUUUCCUUUUUUUGCUUUAAAAAAAAAUUGGAGGGGGACAGAGGUGAAAAAAUACCCUUUGCUGCAAGUUCUUAUAACUGUAUCUAUACUAUAUUAUCAUCUGCUUAAAGAAUUCUUUUCUUAAAAAAAAAAAAAAUAAGAGAGAGAGAGAAGAAAGACAUGACCUUCAGAGAGAUUUUGGGAUAAGUUAUGAAGCCUCCUGUGUAGUCCAGAAAGUACGUCUACAAGGAACUCAAGAGAUAAGGUGCUUUGGAAAAUCACUUGAUAUUCUUUCAUUCUAUACGGAGUGAAGGAUUCAGUUCUUUUAUGGCUGCAGAACUUCAGAAAAUCUUCUUGGUCUACAAGAGUUUAUGGAAGGUUACGUUUCAUAAGCGCUUACUCUACUGAGCGUGACUUCCUCUGCUCCUCGCCCACACCGUGCAUCCAUUGUUCCACCUUUAGGAGCUGGUCUCCAUCCAUCCAUCUUCACGAGAUGGGAUUGAACGACGCUAAUCUGCAACCGAAGUCCGUGCCCGUCUGUUCUCAGGUGGCAUCGGCAGCGUGGAUUGGGACAAAUCUUGAGAUGCAUGUUUUUCUCUGGCAGUGGAAUGACUAGGAGAUGGGCUGGACGAAGCUAAAGCACAGGAGUCAGCGAGCAGCCGCAGACACUUUUGGGUCCUUCUGCUGACAAGAGAUGGCAUGCUUGCGAUGCACCAAGGAUUAAGUCCGUAAUAGAUGUUCAUCAACGGCCUUAUCCAAACAAACAUGACAAUUGUCUAAACCUGAACUGGACGCUGGUGGCAUCCUUCGUCAACGUGGUUUACUCGAGUAGAGAUGGAUUACAAGAACUUUCCUUGAUCUUGGUGUCCUCCAGAUACGUAGACUACCAUCCCCAGAACUCUCAGCAAUAGUCAUUGGCCAAAGAAUUACGGAGAUUCAAUUCCUACAUAAGAAGAGCUGCCAAGUAAGAGGAGGCUGCAUUUCAUCAUCCUUCCCGGUCUCAGGAUGACUGAUGUCCGUGCUAAAUGGAAGUGAUGGAACCUGAAAUUCGACACAGCUGGAAAACACAGAUGAGGAAUGUCUACGGGCCAACCAGUUCAGGGCUUCAAGCGGAGAUCCUUCCCAACCUUUCCUGGAGAUGCCAUGCGUAGAACUUGAGAACUUGUGCAUGCCAAGCAGAUUUCAGCCGUGGAACUAUGCCUUUCCCUCAAAUCAUUCUAUUAUAACAAGAUCAACUACACACCAUUUCAAGAAGAUGGUUUCUGUAUCAUAGGUACCUUCCGUCUGUAAUCGCUGUUAGAUUGCGGUCGAAUUUCAGCUUGGCUAUACGCCCGUGAUUUGUGUGUAGAUCUUCUUGGAUAUGAUCUAAUGUUGAUGUUGUAUAAUCUUUUCAUCCAACGAGUGUUACUAUAGUGAAAAGGGUUCCUUUCACGGAGAAAUGUCCAUAUACCAUUAAGGCACAAUUGAGUGGAAUUUGUAAGAGAAAGGGAAAUGAAAAAGAACGGCUUACUCAGACAUGACCAACGGUAUCAGACCCCGCUGUUCAGAAGCGUUUGCGUCUGAUCAGGAUUCGUUCAAGUGGAGAGGUUGUAAAUGUUAUUUAAUCAGAAAUAAAUUGGAAAACAGAAGGCAGCUGCUGAACGUAUUAUCAGCAUUGCGAAAGGGAGGGGGGAGCUCAAUGAACCUUUUCAGGUGGGACCUACAUCGCUUCUCAUGGGAUAAUAUGCAAUUAGAAAUAGAAUAUCGCUCACUGGAUCUUCUCCGUUCUUGUCUGAAAUCUCAUGAGGUCUCAUGUAGGGAUACAGGGAUCUUGCUAGAUUUGGUGACUGUGUAAAAUAUAGAAGACAAGAGUUCAAGGGGUUAGCGGAUCUGUUGCAGACCCCCUGAUGGAUUAUCCAUUGUGUAUAUACACUAAGGGCAAGAUAACAGCUGUGAAGGCCACAAACGUGAGUAUUUGUCAGCCAGAUUUGCUUCCGACAGCAUAGACUAGGCUGUCAUCUCUAGAUAGGGGAUGAACAACCCCUAGAUUUGGGUAUAACCCCCGGGGAUGGCUGAGCAUUGAAAAUUCUUGGCUUGAUGACCCAGAGAUCUCUGACCCAUUUGAAGGUGGCUUCCGCAGCUCCUGAAAAAGUUAAGGUCAGAAUCGCAGAGUAGGAAGAGACCAGAAGGAACGUGUAGUCCAACCUUGUUCCCUGUUUUUAUGGAAACAGCUGCUUUGAACUUUCUUGAGCAGGAUGCCAAGCCAGUUCAUUCAACGAGAGGCAUAGAUGCCAGUUGUCAACCAUAUCAACUUGCGGGGGAUUUAAGAGGACCACGUUUGCAGACCAGAGAUGCUGUCAAGAUUAGCUGGAAGAGCUAGGGAACCUGCAGGUCUAUUGAGCGGGAAGAAUGGGGCAACACUUCUCAUCAAACGGAUGCAGAGAUGGACCCAUCUUCCCCACUCCGUGUCCAUCAAGAGACACCAGGAGAGCCAUCUCUUCAGAGCCCAGCAUCGGAGUUCUGCUGUGGUUAGUAACAGGUAUUGGAAUAUUGUAGGAGGGCCAUGUUAGUUUACGGUAAACUAAUCAAGAGUCCGGCUCAUCAAUUUUAUUCCAAAGCAUAAGCUUGGAGUUUCAGCCAAGUUAGGUUUGCUAGUAAUGUUAGGGUAAUUGUAUUGAUAGGACAGGUAGGGAAUUGAGUAGCUAAGAGCAGAAAACCCCUUCCACAGAUGGCUCGCUUUGGACUGAUAGUGGAAGAGUUUUCAUCUAAACCAUCUUCAGAACUAACACGGGUAUCACCUCCAUUAGGUAGACCAGACCAGGAAGCCCACUCUGCGGGAAGGCUAAAAGUAAUUCUAUUGAGGUUGGCUUUAAGAACAGAAGUAUUGCAAGUCUGAUUGUGCUGCGCCUUCUCCUCCUCACACUGCGGUGAAUUAGGGAGGUGUCUGCUUGAGCCGUUUCCAAAUAUUAUCUCGUUCUGGACUUUUUAAAACAAACGAUUCAACCCCUUUUGCCUAUGCAAGAAUUCCUGAGUGUGUCUGUCAAGCUCACCUUGCUUUCUGUCUACCAUAGCAGAAGAAACGCUUGGAAAAUGAGUAGUUUAGUCCCUCAAUGAAAGCCAAAGGGAAGAUUUUUGGGGGAGGGAUUGGUGGGAAAUGAAAGCCGAAUUCCAAAGCAAAGCAUGGGGUGGAUUUCUGGCACUGGUCGGCGGAUGGAGCGAAAAUGCACCCCGGUGAGAUUUUAGGAGAAUGCCUUUUUUUUUUUUCACAGCAGAGGGGAAAAAAUGUAAUUAUUUACACGAAUGCUGCAUGUGUGCAUGGGGAAAAAUAUGAUCUAUUGGCAAUAGCUGUUUUACUUUCCAAGAGAGCCUUAUCCAAAAAUAUAUUUAAAAAGUAGAACUUUAUUUUGUA